AGUCGAACGAAGACAUUUUUUGAGCUCAAACUCGCUGUGUUCGGCUCGUUUACACCCCUAACAAUAUUCUAUUCUGUAUAUCGGCCGACUCGUUCCCGCAUCGGAGUCUUCCCCGCCAAAACCCUACUCAGAACAUCCUCCGAUCCUCGCGGCAGCGGAGCGGGAACACAGCGCGAUUUCCCGGCGGCCAUUAUCUUCACCCCUCCAUCUAUUUUCUCUCCACCUCAUCAAACAAAGCGAUAAGAUGAGGAUCAUGAAAACCUUUUCGUUGGCCCGACGGUGUCUUGGCUCCCUCCAUCUCCUCCCUCACAACAGAAGCUUUUCGGCAAUCUCGACUGCCGCCGUUGAUGACGAUCUCAAGACUGAGGUGCUUAUAGAAGGGAAAGCGAGCGCCCGUGCGGCGAUUCUUAAUAGGCCGUCAGCUCUUAAUGCGCUGACAACCAACAUGGGACUUCGUUUGAAGAAAUUGUAUGAGUCGUGGGAAGACAAUGCUGACAUUGGAUUUGUUAUGAUGAAGGGAAGUGGGAGGGCAUUUUGUGCUGGUGGUGAUAUCGUGGCUCUUUACAAUCUACUUAAGGAAGGAAAAGUGGAAGACUGCAAGGAUUUUUUCAAGCAUUUGUAUACAUUUAUUUACAUAUUAGGCACCUAUCUGAAACCACAUGUGGCUAUUUUGGAUGGUAUAACUAUGGGAGGUGGUGGAGGUGUGUCAAUUCCUGGAACAUUUCGUAUUGCAACAGAUAAAACAUCGAAGGCCAAAGCAUCAGCCCCCCUAACCAUCCUUGCUUGCGGGAAGGAGCAAUGGAGCGGUUCUUUGCUGCGGUAGAAAAGGGCAGGGAUCAAGUAGGGACCACGAGAGAUUCAAUUUCAUAUUCAAGGAGGAGAAAUUAAAGUUGGUUUUGAGGGUAAGUGAGAAAGGAGAGUUUCAAGUGCUUA